AUGUCGACGAGAAGAAAAAUACCCCAAGAUGUAUGCUCCUUUGUCGAAAACAAUCUUUCUCACUCACAUGAUGCAGUACUGUUGACGCUCUCCCAAUUUUCAAAAACUAGGCUUGAUUGCCUCCCUGUCCAUCUAACGCUCGUUGGCGUCGACCUUGCCUACAAUUGGAAGGCUGAAUCUCCUCAAACAACUUUAACAGAAAAGGACAUACAGGGCAACAACCAUCCUUUCUCUCGGCGAUUAUCACUGCCGUUUAUCACACUCCUGGACAACGUUAUAGGUAGAUUCGUUACCUGGCAAUUGGUUCGUCGCUAUCCCCUGAUUUUUGGCUCCUGGUCAACUCUACACGGAAACUACAUACUUUUCUCCCAUCUUUUCUUCAAUCAUGCAAAUCGCCCGACGCUCUCCUCAUCCCGAUUUCCGAGACAGGUGCAGACAACUAUUCAAGGUCAUACUCUAAUGGCUCUCUUAAUCAAACCCCCCAAAACCCUAAUGUUGAUUAAUCAGUUCAUGCGUUCACGAACAGCGGAAAUUUCGGCCGCUCAAUUGCGAGCUCUGUCAGCUUAUAUGCCAGACGUUGAAUUGCCAGCACCGGAACCUACGGACCUCGAGGCUUUUCUUUCGACAAUGGAGCGCGUCUACCGAUCUGGUUUGCGUAUACCACAAUUUAAGGGACUCUCACGUGUGCCAUGCAGGAGUGACGAGGACGACGAUGAGCUGUCCCAGGAACAUCGACAGCCAGCACAUGAUCCAGAUUUAUAUGACGACGCUGUCUGGGGUGGACCCGACCUGAAUCAUUCCGCAAAGUUAUUAGAGGCAGAUUUGGUCCCUUCCUUCCCAUCAGGUACGCGGGUUUUGACUGGAUGCUACGCUGAUAUUGAGGCCAGGCGAACGGAGAGAUUUUUGUCAGUGGAGCGAGAAGGACGUUUUCGAACAAGAACAAUUGGGUGA